GGUUUAUUCACUGUAAAGAAGUGAUAACAUUCUCGGAUAGAUAUUUACUUGGUGCAGAUAGUCAGUUGGUACAUCUCUCUUUUUGAUAUGGAGGGUGGUUUUAAUGGUGAAUAAAAAUAUAAAUAUCUUGUAACAUCAUUGUUUGGAAUACAACACUGUGUCAGAUAUACUGUAUUAGCUUAACCUGAUCAUCCCCAAUCAACCAUGCAAGCCCCUCCCAACUUCCAGCCCCAGAAUGUGAAUCAAGGACGUAAGUUGCCACCAGCGGUAAGAUCACGCUACAGAAAGUUUGACAUCUACCGGGACGUCACGCAGUUCUCAUUCGUAGAUAACCAUGCCAUUUUGGUAUCACAAACAGAUCAUACAAACUUCAGAGAUCUGAUAUGGCAUCUUGUUUACAGCCCAAACUUGUCAUCUGAUCUUGAAAAAGCCAGAGCCAUUUUUCGAUGGAUGACAUCAAAGAACAUGUACAAUAUUGACUUUGCCAAUGUGCAGAAAGGUUCUCCUGAAGAGGUUCUCACAUCAUUCAAGAACAAGAAAGGAACAUAUGCCAGAAUAUUUGAAACUCUCUGCGGGUUUGCUGGCUUGUACUGUACAGUACUCACAGGUUUUGCUAAGGGUCUAGACUAUCGACCAGGGGACAAGUUUAAGGGAACUGAAUACAAUCAUAGCUGGAAUGCUGUGUACAUAGAUGAGAACUGGUAUCUUGUUGACUCUCACUGGGCCACAAGAUAUCUCAUCUCAGAGAAGAACAUGCCAGAAAAUCUUGUGUACGAGUACGACGAUUUUUACUUCAUGACAGACCCUGAACAGUUGAUCUACAGUCACUGGGCACAGAAGGCAGAAUGGCAACUCCUGUCACACCCUCUCACACUGCAGGAGUUUGAAGAACUCCCCCUUGUAAAAUCAUACUUCUUUAAAUGUGGCAUGUUCUUUAUUUCACAUCAAAAAGGUGUUGUUCAAACAAAAAAUGGCAAUAUAUCGAUCACUGUAGGGUUUGUCAAACCAACAAACUUUACUUAUAAAAUUGUUCUUUCUGAAAAUGGGGAUGAAAUGUUUCAAGGUCACAAAUUGAAGAGUUUUGGCCUCCAAGAAACUCGUCACAAUCAGGCUUCUUUUACUAUAAGGUCACCUAAGUCUGGUUCAUUUUAUCUUACAAUAUUUGCCCAGCUUCUAACUGGAGACAUCGGAGUGAAGAACGUGUUCACCGCAGCUGCAGAGUAUAAGGUAGUUGCCGACACGAGAGCUAGUGAUGCAGUGCCGCUACCCAAUUGUUCGGACAGCAACUGGGGACCAGGCAUACCUCUGGAUCAGCUUGGUCUGAUUCCAAGUCACAAGGACUCGGUUAUUCCUACACAAGAUAACAGAGUGACCCUGGAAUUCACGAAAACAAGACCUACUUUCAUUUUGUGUAAACUACGGAAACCUGGCAUGAAGGAGGAUGAUUUGGAACGUUGUAUCACAGAAGCUGACAAGGGUGAUAAGGUUGUUGUCACGAUAUCUCUGCCUUUGAAAGGUGAAUAUGGUCUGGAAAUCUACGGCAACGACCCAGCCAAGGAUGGGGACACAUAUACACAUGUGUGUCAGUACUUUGUGCACUUUGCCUCACCAGAUGAACAACAGAAAGCUUUCUACCAGGAAACACCAGCAAGAAACAGCAAUUUACCUGACCAACAAGCAACAAUGAACAAGGGAUAUAAUCCUGAUACUCAACAGGUGACAGCAGGUCUAGCUAGCACAUAUAUAGAUGGACAGACAGGUGAUGACUAUGGGGACUUCCCACCUCCACCUCCAGAACUCUUACAGCAACAGUAUCUGUAUGGUGCUGCCCCGCAGCAAGGUGUGUACACUAAUGUAGCACCAGGGGUCAAAGGUCAAGGAACAGUUGCAUAUCAUCCAGGCAAAGGAACUACUGAUGUUCCGAAAGCACAACAGGGCAAGGUGUCAAAUAUUCCAGUCAGUACAAUACCCAUACAGGUGGAGAAAAGAAAUGUAGGUCAAGAACCUCCUGCUCCACCUGCCUCCUUCAAAUUGUUACCUGUUAAAACCGAGAAAGAUGCUGGUCCCCCUCCCCAGCCACAGACAGCAACAACACGCCAGAAACCAUCACUAGAGACUAUUGAUAGACAGGUUCUUCAUACAGUGGAUGACCAUGCCAUACAGGUAUCCAAGAGUGACCACAGUAGUGUCCGAGACCUGGUGUGGGAUCUUAUAUUCUCAAAGAACAUUACAAAUGAAAUUGAGAAAUGCAGAGUAAUAUUCCGUUGGUUAGCCACCAAAAACCUGAAGGAGAUGUCAUUUGACAAUGUACAACCAGGCAGUCCAGAGGAGGUGCUUAUGGGUUUGAAAACUGGCAGAACUACAUAUGCUAUGGUGUUUGACAUGAUGUGCAAUAAUGCUGGUCUACACUCUAAGAUCAUUAGUGGAUAUGCUAAGGGAGCCGACUACAGACCAGGCCAGAAGUUUCAACCAGGCUCAAAUCAGCACUCAUGGAAUGCUGUGUACAUCUACGGUACCUGGUGUCUGAUAGAUGCUCACUGGGCGGCACGAAGAAUCAUUGGGAAACAGGCAACCACAGAAGAGUUUCACUACCAGCUUGAUGAAUAUUUCUUCCUGACUGAACCAGCACAACUUAUCUUCACGCAUUUCCCUGAUGAUCCUAAAUGGCAGCUUCUAGAGAGACAGGUAACGCUAGAGGAGUUUGAGAACAUGCCUCAUAUGAAACCACAGUUCUUCAAAUAUGGUCUAGAGUUUGUCAGUCAUAGAACAGCAGUUGUGUACGGGCGUGGUGAGAUCAACAUACGUCUACGUUAUCCUGCACACAGACUGGUCGUAGCAUUUAACUUUACCAUACAGAUGGAAAAUGGAGAUGAGGAAUACCGUGGUACAAAGUUGAACAGAUACGGUAUGCAGGAAAGUGUAGCAGGUGUGGCUUCAUUCAGACUCCGCCUUCCACAAAAAGGCGCAUACAUCUUGUAUAUCUAUGCUAAAGAAGACACACCAGAAAACAAGGACAAUGUUUAUGCCCAGGUGUGUGAGUUUAAGAUAGUACAAGAAGAGGUGAAUACUGUGGAGCCAGAGCCAUUCCCACCAUGUGCCUACCUGAACUGGGGACCAGGGGCUGCCUUCUUUAGGUAUGGUUUGGCAACUUAUCAGCAGACGGCCACAGUUCUUACUAGAGAUGGCAAAGCAGAGCUCCAGUUCCGUAUCCCGAAGACCAUGCAGUUCAUGGCUAAAUUAAAGAAUAAUAAAUGUAGCGAUUCAGAAUUAGAGGGAUAUUGCAUGAACAGGAUUGUUGGUAAUACAGCAUACUUCAAUAUUACAGCUCCGGGCAGAGGAGAGUUCGGUUUAGAGAUUUAUGCCAAUGACCCAUCAACGGAGGGUACAAUUCUUUUCCAUGUAGCUCAGUAUAUGAUAGAAUGUCAAGAAGAUGUAAAGACUGUUCCAUUACCUAAGUUACCGGGCGGAUUUUUAGGAGCGCAACCAAAAUUUAACGAGUUUGGUCUAAACACCUUAAGUCACCAUGAUCCAGUUAUCCAUCUUGAGUGUAACAGUGUAGAAAUUCAAUUUGCCACAGCACAGGAUAUGAGAGUAACCGCCAAUCUGCUUGAUGCCGAAACUGAUAAAGAUUUCCAAGAUUAUGUCUUCACUCAAACCCAGGGCUCUGUAGUCACCUUUGUUGUUACCUUGCCAGCUGUAGGAUUUUACAAGCUUCAGUUAUAUUCUAUACCUGCAGAUGAUCCGACCCAGCAGUUACCUGGUGUAUAUAACUACCUUAUCAACUGCAAGAAAGUCACCAAACAACCAUGUCCCUUCCCGAAGCAGUAUGCUCAAUGGAAGCAAGGAUGUUACAUGGAAUGUCCAAAAACCCUGUACACAGGCUGUGGAGAUGAAGUUGUUUUCCGUGUCAGUGUUCCAGGUGCCGAGGCUGUGGCAGUUGUUGCUGGAGAAGAGUGGACGCAUCUACAGAAACCAGAUAAUCUCAUGUGGGAGGGGCGUGUAAAAUUAGCCGGUCUUUAUGGAAGAGGCGUUAAAGUCACCUUAAACGCAAAUUAUGGUGGAGAUCCAACUAGCUAUGCCACAUUACUGGAAUAUAACAUUUAAACUUUCUUUUUGAGAAAAAUUUAUAGUUAUAUGGAGACAUUUAUGACAAUUUUUAGCAAAUAUCUAUAUAUCUUGAGUAGGAAAAUGCUUGCUUUAUAUCUGGUGCUAGUGUCGUUGAUGAAAGUUUUCUACCAUCUAGAAACAAUUAAUGAAUUAACAGGACAACUAAACGUUACAUGUACAGUAAAUAAUUCACCUUGACAACCAAAAUCUAGAUGUAUAGUACACAUACAAAAGCCGUGUUUUACAUUAUGAAUAUGUUUUUACAUAACAUGGAACUAAAACAGUAAUUCAUAAACAUUUUUCAAGAAGUUAUUUUUUUUGGAGACCAGUUAAGACGCAAUUGAACAAAAACAUUUUGAUGGCCCAUGUGCAUAGAAUUAUCUGAUACAUAUAAGUGAAGUUGAAAUUUGUAUUCUGCUUCUUUUAUAUUAUAAACUUGUAAUAAACUCUCUGUCUUUAUUUCUAAUCAGCACAAAUGUACAUCAGUUGGUGAUGGUAGCAAGCAAUUAAAUGUGCACCUAGUUGAGUGAUGAUUGAAAUUUAAUGUGAUAUAUUUAGUGCCCACAGCUUUUUUACUGCAUGUAAAUUACUGAAGAACACCCCUGUUACUGUUAUUUACUAUUAUGUUUGUUGGUAAGAAAUUGUUGAUCUUUCAUUAAUGAUAUGAUGUUAUGUGCUCUGAUACAUUUUUGGGGGGAGGGGAAAGAGGGUGUGGAAUUUUGUUACAUUGUAAGAAUUGUGUUGCAUUCAAGCUGACUGCUUUCGCAAUUUGAUAUGUUUGUUGAAUUAAAAAGUAGUGAUCCAGCUUGGUAACUUUGAACAAGAAUCUUCAUGACUGUGUGCAUAUUUGAACAAAAUUGUUUGGAUUGAUAAAUUUAAACAAAAACCAUUUGCCUUAAAUAUGAACAAAAAUCUUCUCUUUUUUUUGGUCCCUUAAAUUAUAGGUGAAACUACCCGACUUAAUGAAUUCCCGUGAAAUCAUUUUUCAACAGUUCAAAGACCAUAAUAAUAACAGUUUUGUUAUGUACAAAUAGUUGAUUUUUUUCACAUCAAAGACACUGCUGUUUGUGUAAUAGUUAUUAGUAACUUUAAACAGGAAUGUUAUAACCAAAAAAAUUAAAGACAGGGUAUUCAUAUUACUUAAUUAAACAUGUUCUACGCAACCAUAUUUUCUCCAACCUUCCUAGUUCUUAGUAGAAAAAUCACGGAAUUAAAGUCUGUCACAAAAUGAACAUGCACCGUGUGACAGGGGAAUUAAUUUGUUGUAAGUUGCAAAAUCUGGAUUAUAUGAGUGCUUGAUAAAAUAAUCUUAAUUGAUAAAAGCUGGGUCAUACUUUUUCUUGCUAAUUUUAUUUCUGAAUGUUGUAAGAAAAAGACUUACCUUCACAUUCUCUUUUAUUUUUGUUAAUUCAUCAAUUAAUCUAAGUGCCAUUGUUUUUUGAUCAGCAUUUUUAACGGGGCUGUUCAAGCUUGUUUGUUUAUUUUGGUGGGGUAGGGGAUAAAAACACUUACAUUCACAUGAACUGUCUAAUAGUUUCUAUGGAUACGGUGUUUAUUUUGUUUUUUUGAUAAUGAAUAUAUGAUUGCUUGUGUAAUGUGUUAUAUGCUAGCUUCCCUACCUUCAUACAUACAUAUGUGUAAACUAUUUGUGUAAACCAGCUGUUGUAUAUGUAAUCUGCUCUGGUAGCAUAGUUUUUAUAUGUUUAUAUUAUUUUGCCUUUCUGUUUAUUAGUAGUAUACUUAUUUUUUUGAGAAAGGUAUAUUUCUUACUUUUCUGUUAAUCUAUCAUGUAUAUAAUUUAAGAAGUGACUUCUUAGAAGCCAACUUGUAAAAAAAAAAGGGUUUUAUACUUAUGUACAAGUUGUUUUUGUUUUGAUUUUUGCCCAGCUGUGCAAUUUAGACUAAAAUUUGUAAAUUUUUUCAGAUAUUACAACUUUCAUAGAUAUAUGGCUAUAUUGUGCUGAAUUUUGAACAAAACUUGAACAAAAGUUAGUAUUCUUAAAGAAGUUUUAUAUCUUGUUAUUUUUUAAAAUGAGAAAAAAAUCUUGCAGUUAGCCUUUAUUUUCAAAAUUGAUUUUUUUAUUUACAUAUUUUCUAUGCUCAAUUUCAGUUGAUUUUUUUGUAUUCUUUGCAUCCAAAUGUUUUGCUCAUUUUUAGUGUUUACAUCUAUUUUUUUUUCAGCAACAAGAUCUAAUAACUGUACCACUGUUAUUGUUAUCAUAUAUAUCUUCCUUUAUUGAUAUAUAUUGCACAAAUUAGUUCCUUCUUUAGCUACUGCAAUAAUCACAUGAACUUGAAUCUACUGUAAUGAAAUUUGAAGAAAAAAAACUUGGUUAUAUAAUUCAGAAAAUCCCAUUAAUUAAAUGUGUUAUACUAGUAGCGUUUUUCAUUACAUUUCUUGAUCAGUCAGUUUUACAUAAAUUUAAGGGUUGAAAUUUUAGUUUUUUUUGUUUUUUCAUUUUCUAUAUAUUUCAAUAUUUUAUAACACUCUUUGUUACUGCGUUUUUUUAGAAAUGAUAUUUUUAUUUUUUACAAAGACAUAAUAUCCAUUAAGUUGUAGACAUUUAUAUUUUCAAGUGCUAUAUAUGAAUGCUUUUAUUAGCAAUAAAUGAUUGCUUAUCGUUA